GGCGUUCCUUGCUCUCCUCAGGUGUCCUCAUGACUCCUUUUGCAGACCAUGUCCAUGAUCCUCUUUGCCAGCAUAGUACGGGUGAGGGAUGGCCUACCCCUCUCAGCCUCCACUGACUUUUACCACGCCCAGGAGUUCCUGGAAUGCAGGAGGCAGCUCAAGACCUUAGCCCUGAGGCUGGCCCAGCAUCCCGGCCGAGGCUCUGCUGAAAGCCGUGACUUCCAUACGUAUUUUUUAUCGUCGGGGGACGUGGCCUGCAUGGCUAUCUGCUUGCACCAGUGCCCAGCAGCCAUGGCCUUCUGCUUCCUGGAGACUCUGUGGUGGGACUUCGUAGCUUCCUACGACACCGCCUGCAUCGGCCUGGCCUCCCGGCCCUAUGCUUUUCUUGAGUUCGACAGUGUCAUUCAGAAAACAAAGUGGCAUUUUAACCAUAUGAGCUCCUCCCAGAUGAAGAGUGGCUUAGAAAAGAUUCAGCAGGAGCUUGAGUUACAGCCUCCGGCAGUUCUGUCCCUGGAGGGCACAGAUGUGGCAAACUGCGUGCUGAACGGCCACGCCCCAGUGCACUCCGAGCCUGCUCCGAAUCUCCGGAUGGAGCCGGUGACAGCCCUGGGGAUCCUCUCCCUUGUCCUCAACAUCAUGUGCGCUGCACUGAACCUCAUCCGUGGAGUUCACCUCGCAGAACAUUCUUUACAGGUUGCCCAGGAGGAAGUUGGAAACAUCCUGGCUUUCUUCGUUCCUUCUGUGGCCUGCAUUGUCCAGUGUCAUCUGUACCUGUUCUACAGUCCCUCCAGGACUCUGAAGGUAUUGCUAAUGCUGGCCUUCAUCUGCCUGGGCAAUGUGUAUCUGCACGGGCUGAGAAACACCUGGCAAAUCCUCUUCCACGUAGGGGUGGCUUUUCUGUCUUCGUAUCAGAUCCUGACCAGGCAGCUGCAGGAGAGGCAGUCCGACUACGGAGUGUGAGCACAGCACCGUGCCAUGG